CGUCAGACGGCCGCCAGAGCAUCCCGGUUGCGCACUGUUCAGAGGCCCCAUCGACGUUUCGCAGCGCCGGAAGCAGCUGGAGAAGAAGUGCACAUCGCCGGGCACACGGCCACAUUUACAGUCAGUGAUGGAGAGCCUGCUGGAUAAUCCAAUGAAAGCCGUUCUUUACCUGAAGGAGCUCACCACUAUCGUCCAGAACCAGCAGAGCCUGAUCCAGACGCAGCGCCAACGCAUCGACGAACUCGAGCGAAAGGUGGAGGACCUGAUAGGAGAGAACCGACAGUUGCGCGACCCCCACCACUACGUCCAGCAGCCUCCUCAGCAGCAUCACCACCACCACCACCACCCGAGUCACCGCAGCGCCAGUCCGCAGGCGCCGGCCAACCUCCAUCAGCACCCGGGGAGCAACAAAGCCGCGGCUCAUCUCGGCCAGCAGGCGCAGCAGCAGCAGCCGCCUCCGCCUCCGCCACCGCAGCAGCAGCAGCAGCAGCAGCAGCAUCAUCAUCAUCAGCAGCAGCAUCAGCAGCAGCCGAUCCCCGGUCUAUCGGCCCAGCCUCAGCAGCAUCCGACCCCGACUGCGCCGUCAUCCCACCACCACCCGCAGCAGCUGCAGCUCGUCCCGACCUCGCCGCAGUCGCCCAAAGCGAGCCAAGGCAGCCCGGACUCCGCCGAGGAGGACAAGAGGAGCCCGUGCUGCAAGUCCCUCGUGCCGCAGACACCCACCACUCUCUGCCGCUCAGUGGGACUCGCGCGGAAAGCGGACAACCAAACGGUGCUCCACCAGUUCUGCUGCCCCGCCCCAGAGGCCCCUGAGGGGGAGGCUUCUACCGCCUGUGUCCCCAGGAUUGAUCGCACCAGGCGAGCAGAAAGCACAAAUAGAGAACGCCACCCAGGAUGCAUCACUGCACGUCGACUCAAGGUGAAUUUCACAGGGCAGAGUUGGCCAUGCUUGGUGUAGGAGCACAGUCAAGUC